GAUAUUUUCACAAUAAAUGCUCACUUCACCUUUUUCCGAGUCUUCAUUUCCUUUGAUUUGUUCUUCAAUGGGGCGGAUUCCAAUUCUCAGGGACAUCAUCGGAAUCAUCAAAGACAAAGCUUCUCAAAGCAAAGCAGCUUUGCUUUCCGAUCCCAAAACCCUAUCCCUCCACUUAGCCUUACUAAGAGCCACAACCCAUGACCCUUUCGCUCCACCCGACCCGAAGCACUUGGACGCUUUACUUGCCUCCGGUGAUACCUCACGCGCCUCCGUUUCCACCGUCGUCGAGGCCCUCAUGGACCGUCUCCAGACUACCCGUGACGCCUCCGUUGCCCUCAAGUGCCUCAUUACGGCUCAUCAUAUCGUUAAACGUGGCAGCUUCAUUCUUCAAGAUCAGCUCUCUGUUUACCCUUCCAAUGGCGGCCGGAACUACCUUAAACUUUCCGAUUUCAGAGAUAACACCACGUCGUUAACCUGGGAACUUUCCUCUUGGGUUCGAUGGUAUGCUUUAUACCUUGAAAAUCUGUUACAAACGUCACGGAUUCUGGGGUUCUUUCUAAGUUCAACUUCAAGCAGUGCAGGUAAAGAUGAAGAACAAGAAGAGAAAGUGUCAUCGCUUAUAAAUAGCCAGUUGCUUAAUGAGAUAGACUCUCUGGUGAAUUUGAUCGAACAGAUUUCGAGAAUGCCCGAUUCUUCUCAUGCCGAAGGUAACUUAUUGGUGGAAGAGGUUGCGGGGUCGGUGGUUGAGGAUUAUUUGUCGUCGAUCAACGAAGUUUCAAUCCGAGUCGGUGAGCUUAAAGAGAGACUGAGUUGUUUGAGCUUUUUUGACUCGGUUGAGUUGGUGCUUGCUUUGAAGAGAUUAGAAGAUUGUAAGGAGAGAUUGUCAUCACUUUCGCAAAUGAAGAAUGCGUUGUUUGAGACUGUUUGGCAUUCGAUAAGUGAAAUUAAGGUUCAAAUCGGGAACGACGGAGGAGGAAGGUCGAGUAUGGGAAGCAGCAAGAACAAGGUUAGCGAGUCAUCUCGGUAUGGGGAGCGAGUUGUGAAGCUUGCUGACUCAGUUAAGUUCUCUUCAAUAAGGUUUUCUUUCUAAGCUUCAAGAUUAAUUUGUACUU